CGCUGAGUGCCACCAGAUGGCAGUUUAGGAUUGCUUCUCUGGCGAAAGGCGCGGUUCCGCUUGAGGUCUAAAUUAGUAUAUAAAACAUAAAGUAUUCUUUCAUUAUAUUGACCCAAUUAUCGCAAGGGCGCGUUACGGAGAUUUCUUUUGUGGCGGGCAGGAGGUUGAUGUGGUGUGAGUGGAUGGAGGUCUUCACUCACUCUUCUGACUGAACUAUUUCACAGAAGCUGGGUUGAAGCAGGAGGCAGUGUGUAUCUGCCUCACUCCUGCUCUGGAUCAAGUCUCUACUAUAAACCUGUUUAUACUCACAACAGAGCUGCGAUGAUUAACUCGGAGUUCCCCGUUCUACAGGACUCGUCUAACGAGUCUGGACAGGGAGACACGGUGAGUCUGAGUCUGAGUGUCAGUGAGCUGGAGGACACUGGAGAGGGAAAAGGGAAGAAGAAGAGAGGACGGCCAGGAAGACCCCCAGCAGCCAGUAAGAAAGCUCGUAAGUCUCCAGUAGAUAAAGGGGGCAGGAGGCCGAACGGCAUGGCACAGCAGAACGGAGACGGAGGAGAUCCCACUACACUGUUUGAGGUGGUCAAACUGGGCAAGAGCGCCAUGCAGUCCGUUGUUGAUGACUGGAUCGAAUCGUACAAACAGGACCGAGAUAUGGCUCUUCUGGAUCUCAUCAACUUUUUCAUACAGUGCUCUGGGUGUAAAGGUACUGUAAGAAUUGAGAUGUUUAGAAAUAUGCAGAAUGCAGAAAUUAUCAGGAAGAUGACUGAGGAGUUUGAUGAGGAUAGCGGUGAUUACCCGCUCACCAUCGCCGGGCCUCAGUGGAAGAAGUUCCGCUAUAACUUCUGUGAGUUUAUCGGUGUUCUGAUCCGGCAGUGUCAGUACAGCAUCAUCUACGACGAGUACAUGAUGGACACGGUCAUCUCGCUCCUCACCGGCCUGUCCGACUCACAGGUCCGAGCCUUCAGACACACCUCCACCCUCGCAGCGAUGAAGCUGAUGACAGCGCUGGUGAACGUGGCUCUGAACCUCAGCAUCAACCAGGACAACACACAGAGACAGUACGAGGCCGAGAGGAACAAGGUCGCUGGGAAAAGGGCCACAGACAAGCUGGAGCUGCUGCUGGAAAAGCGGAAGGAGCUGCAAGAGAACCAAGAUGAGAUCGAGAACAUGAUGAACUCCAUCUUCAAAGGAAUUUUCGUUCAUCGCUACAGAGAUGCGAUUGCUGAGAUCAGAGCUAUUUGCAUCGAGGAGAUCGGUGUGUGGAUGAAGCUGUACAGCGACGCCUUUCUCAAUGACAGCUAUCUGAAGUACGUGGGCUGGACAUUACACGACCGGCAAGGAGAAGUCCGACUCAAGUGUCUCAAAGCACUGCAGACCCUCUACACAAACCGAGGCCUUUUCCCCAAACUGGAACUCUUCACUAAUCGCUUUAAGGACCGUAUCGUGUCUAUGACUCUAGAUAAAGAGUACGAUGUAGCGGUGGAGGCGAUUCGGCUCGUCACUCUGAUCCUGCAUGGCAGUGAGGACGCGCUCUCUAAUGAAGACUGUGAGAAUGUUUAUCACCUGGUCUACUCCGCUCAUCGGCCCGUUGCCGUGGCAGCAGGAGAAUUCCUCCACAGGAAGCUGUUCAGUCGACAUGACCCUCAGGCGGAGGAGGCUCUGGCUAAACGCCGCGGUAGGAACAGCCCCAAUGGCAACCUCAUCAGAAUGCUGGUGCUCUUCUUCCUCGAGAGUGAGCUUCAUGAGCAUGCAGCAUAUCUGGUGGACAGUUUGUGGGACAGCUCUCAGGAGCUGCUGAAGGACUGGGACUGUAUGAUCGAGCUGCUAUUGGAAGAACCUGUACAGGGAGAGGAAGUGCUGGGAGACAGACAUGAGAGCUCUCUGAUCGAGUUAAUGGUGUGCACCAUCAGACAGGCGGCCGAGGCUCACCCCCCUGUGGGCCGGGGAACGGGGAAGAGGGUUCUCACUGCUAAAGAAAAGAAAACUCAGAUUGAUGAUAAGAACAAACUGACUGAGCACUUCAUCAUCGCACUGCCCAUGCUCCUGUCAAAGUAUCAGGCGGACGCUGAGAAAGUGGCUAACCUCCUGCAGAUCCCUCAAUAUUUUGACCUGGAGGUGUACAGCUCCGGCCGAAUGGAAAAGCAUCUGGACGCCCUGCUGAAGCAGAUCAAGCUGGUGGUGGAGAAGCACACUGAGACGGAGGUUUUGGAGGCAUGCAGUAAGACCUACAGCAUCCUGUGCAGUGAGGAGUACACCAUCAUGAACCGUGUGGACAUCGCCCGCAGCCAGCUCAUCGACGAGCUCUCUGACCGCUUCAACCACUCCGUGGAGGACCUGCUGCAGGAGGGCGAUGAAGCUGAUGAUGAUGAUAUCUACAAUGUUCUCUCAUCCCUGAAGAAACUCACUGCUUUCCAUAACGCUCACGACCUGACCAAAUGGGACUUGUUUAAAAACUGCUACCGGUUGCUGAAGAUGGGGAUAGAGCAGGGCUCGAUGCCGGAGCAGAUUGCAGUGCAGGCUCUUCAGUGUUCUCAUUACUCCAUCCUGUGGCAGCUGGUGCGCAUCACUGAGGGUUCUCCAUCCAAGGAUGACCUUCUCGCUCUGAGAAGAGUGGUGAAGUCGUUCUUGGCGGUGUGCCAGCAGUGCCUGUCCAAUGUGAACACUCCUGUUAAAGAACAGGCGUUCAUGUUGCUGUGUGACCUGCUGAUGAUCUUCAGUCACCAGCUGACCACGGGGAGCAGAGAGGCCCUGCAGCCGCUGGUGUUUAAUCCUGACAACACGCUGCAGAGUGAGCUGCUGAGCUUUGUCCUCGAUCACGUCUUUAUCGACCAGGAUGACGAGAACCAGAGCAUGGAGGGUGAUGAGGAAGAUGAAGCAAAUAAAAUCGAGGCUUUACACAAGAGGAGGAAUCUGCUGGCUGCUUUCAGUAAGCUGAUCAUUUACGACAUCGUGGACAUGCCCGCAGCAGCAGACAUCUUUAAACACUAUAUGAAGUACUAUAAUGAUUAUGGUGACAUCAUCAAGGAGACUCUGAGUAAGACCAGACAGACGGAUAAGAUCCAGUGUGCCAAAACUCUCAUACUCAGUUUACAGCAGCUCUUUAAUGAGCUGGUACAGGAUCAGGGGCCAAAUUUGGACCGAACCUCGUCCCAUGUGAGUGGCAUUAAAGAGCUGGCUCGCCGUUUUGCUCUGACUUUUGGACUGGACCAAAUCAAAACCAGAGAGGCUGUAGCGACUUUGCACAAGGACGGGAUUGACUUUGCGUUCAAGUUUCCGAACCCUAAAGGAGCAGAGUAUCCUCCACCCAACCUGGCUUUCCUGGAAGUGUUGUGCGAGUUCUCUUCUAAACUCCUCCGUCAGGAUAAAAAGACUGUCCACUCGUACCUGGAGAAGUUCAUGACUGAGUAUAUGAUGGAGCGGAGGGAGGACGUGUGGUUGCCGCUGAUCGCCUACAGGAACUCCUUGCUGACGGGAGGUGAUGAGGACCGCAUGUCUGUGACCACGGGCAGCACCACCAGCAGAGCCAGCACCAUACGCAGCAAGAGGGGCAGACCGCCGCUACACAAGAAACGCGCCGAUGCAGCAGAAGAGAGUGUGGAAGGCUCGUGGGUGAUGCGUAACGACACCAUUCAGACUCCUGGAGGUCUGCAGACGCCACAGCUUACCUCCACGGUGCUGAGGGAAAACCCACGCCAAGCAGCAGAACACGUCCCUGACCAGGACUCUUCUGAGCCUGGCUCUGAACCCGACUACAUUCACAAUCAACAGAUGCAGAUGUCAUGGCUGGACCAGCAGAAAAUGGAGGAGGUGAACAGGAAAGAGAGAGGAGGAAUGAACUACAUGAAGGCACGGAGUGGAGGUGUACGGCAGCAAGUACGAGGCUUAAUGGAGGACGACGCUGAGCCCAUCUUCGAGGAUGUGAUGAUGUCAUCGCGUGGACAGUUGGAAGACAUGAACGAGGAGUUUGAGGACACCAUGGUGAUAGAUCUGCCGCCGUCGAGAAACAGACGUGAGAGAGCCGAACUCAGACCGGACUUUUUUGACUCUACAGCAAUUAUAGAAGACGAUUCGGGAUUCGGUAUGCAGAUGUUUUGAAGCAGAUGUGUAAAUUUGGUGGAGAAUCACAACCAGCGACAUUCUUCAGUCACACGAAGCCGUGUUUUAAAAAAUCACAACUUCAACAAUAUUUUCAAGCAAAAAAGACUGACGUGCUUUUGUGUGAGCCGCUCACACGUUUCCUCACGUUUCGUCACACAGGUGAUGAGUGUUAGUGACGAGCACCAUGUCACUGUUCAGCUACUCUGUUUUUGAUAUACGUAUAACGUCCAUUUCCUGUCCUCGUCAAUUUAGUUUUUAAAUCAAAUCCUUUGUGUAUUUGAGCACAGUUUAGAUAAGACUGUGUGAAUCGGUCGUGUACAUACUGUAUGUUUGUGUAUGAUCAGUGUUCUCAUGUGGAGCUCCCCACACACACACACGCACACACACACACACACACACACACUGUGCACAGAGGAGAAAUGUGGAAUGUUCCAGAUCCAGGUCGCAGUGUUUACACUCUAACUGCUCCGGUUUCCUCCACGCAGGAUGUAAACGACUCGCCACUUUACAGUUCAGUACAUUUCAUCUGGAUUUCCUCCCCGCUGAAGGAUUCAGAUUUAAAAAGAGACUUUCUGUGACUCGAGUCCCCGCUGUGUCACAUUUACACGGUCCUGUGUGUCUUCGUUAUGGGCCGGGAUGCCGGGUCUCGGGUGUGUAAGUGCAUCACGCUUCAUUUGGACUCGAUGUCGUGUCACUACAGAGUCAGACGCCUGGUUAGGACGGUGCCUAUAGAUCACACUACUGUUUUGCGCGUCACACAUUCAUUCCACAUUUUUAUCUUUAAAUAAAGGUAUUUAAAAAUUAUUUUCAUUUCAGUAAAUUUGACACAAAAUCUAAGUGUUUGUUUUUUGCCUCCAUGUUUUGCUGUUCUGUCCCCAGACUUUAAGCGUAAAUCAUUUACCUCCAGAUCAGAAUCUAAUCUACGCUGUUUUUCAUUUAGUUCCAAACUGAGUUCAUGUUCAGUGAAAAUGUAGAAACUGUGCAUUAAAAUUAAAAUUCAGUGGGUUUUUACUUGUUCGGGGGGGAAACCUGGUUGGUAUUUUCAGGAAGUUGUUCUGACCCCCUGCUCGGAGUAUCGCUCGGAUAGAUUUUAUGUAGACAUCUACAUUUAGUUUCAGUGUUGUUCAGUACAAACUAAAUACAUUUUAAUAAAAUGGAUUAUUCAUAAACA